GGAAAGAGGGGAAAGCAAACAAUUUUUAGGCCCGCCGCGUCCAGCAAAAAAUAUGAGAAAAAAAUUAUUAAAAAUCCGGGAAAUAGUUGAAAGUCAAGAAAAAUACCGUAGAAAGGAUGUUAACGCACCCGCGGGCCUUAUGUCUCUGCUGUGUUGAAGAUUUGGGCUUUCUCGCACUCUCUGUGCUGGGACGUAUCAUUCGUGUCCACCACAUGGCUUGCUAUCGCUAAGUUGCCAUGGCAACAGUAUCUCCAAAAGACUGCCCCACUGUGGCAGAUCACUGUCGGGUGAGGAAAAGGAGAGAGGAGGGGAAAGUGAGGAAGAACUUCUCCUGUCAGUUGUGCGAGAAGGCCUUCAACAGCUUGGAGAAGUUGAAGGUGCAUUCAUACUCUCACACAGGGGAAAGACCGUAUCACUGCACACACACUGACUGCACCAAGGCCUUCGUCUCUAAGUAUAAACUCCUACGGCACAUGGCCACACACUCACCAGAAAAGACACACAAGUGCAGCUACUGCGAGAAGAUGUUCCACCGCAAAGAUCACCUAAAGAACCAUCUCCAUACACACGACCCCAACAAGGAGGCUUUCAGCUGCACUGAAUGCGACAAGAGUUACAACACGAAACUGGGUUUUCGAAGACACCAAGCCCUUCAUGCUGCGCAGCGUGGAGACCUCACCUGCCAAGUGUGCCUGCAGUCAUAUCCAAGCACUCCCCUGUUGCUGGAGCACCUACGUGGGCAUGCCGGGAAAAGUGCUACUGCAACUAAGGAGAAGCGACAUCAGUGUGAUCAGUGUGAAAGGCGUUUUUACACCCGUAAGGAUGUGCGACGCCACUUAGUUGUGCAUACUGGACGCAAAGACUUCCUUUGCCAGUACUGCGCCCAACGAUUCGGUCGAAAGGAUCAUCUAACCCGUCAUGUUAAGAAAAGCCAUGCUCACGAGCUGCUGAGGGUCAAGGCAGAGCCUGUAGAUUUGAUGGAAUCCCAAUCCUUGCCAACAUCUGGGCCACUCACUCUAAGGUAUCCACUCGCUCAUGCCUCCUACUCACCACCGCCACCCUUGAGAGCAGAGCUUGAAAGUUAUCUUCUAGAGCUACAGGCUGAAGAUACACCCAAGCUGAGUUCUUCCACCACGGUGACCGGAGAGACAACAUCAUCCCUGGAUUUUCUGUCUCCACUGUUUAAUUUUCUGCCUUACAACCAAGGGGCGGGGUCUAAUUUGGGAGUGACUUACAGCCAGGAGGAUGGGAUUUUGACCGCUCCCAUUCAAGACAGCCCAGAGCCUCUCAACCUCCUUCACACAAUCACACACUCACACUCGCUGUCACAAUCCAACACACUCUCUCCCAGUUAUACACAUUCACCGUCUCUGAAUACAACCACCACCCUGCCUCGCUUCCACCAAGCCUUCCAGUAACCCAAAUACAUUCACACACUUACUUAAGUUUUCUCGCACUUUUUAAAGCACUCUAAUGUUUAUCAACUUAGCCUUUAAUACAAAAAGCACAAGUCCCACAAGGCUUGCCAAGGCAACAAUCUGCUCCCUCUUGCAAAUACUGCAUUUAAGUCAUACUUGAAGAGAUGACAAAUGCAUUUCUAGUUUUACUUCUUGUCUAGAGGAUUUUGAAUUACCUCUCCAUUAAAUAGACGUUUAAUAGAUCAGAGCUCAGAUUGCAGUGAAGUUUUGCUCUUAAAAUGCCGACAGAGAAAGCAUAGCCUUUAAUGUCCUCUCGUUAACACUUUAAACUUAUAGCAAGUUCCAUCAAAACUUAAAGAUAUUUUUUUUAUGUUGUUUCUUUGUCUGUUGUAUGGCUCAUGAACUUUUGGGUACUGAUAUCUACCAGCAUUUAGUGACCAUGUCACAUUUACAGCCAAAGGCAACCAAAACCCUCAUAGCUAUAGAGAGAAAGGCUCAUCUCGUUAUGUUUUUUUUUUUUUAAUGGCUGUUUGCCUUCAUGCUGCUGCUCAUUGUAAGAGCCUCAAAGGACACCAGCACAGGAAUGCUUCACAGUUCACACCAACAAAGGGAAAGAAGGACGGAGACUCUCUCUCACACAUACACUCAUAUCCCUUUUCUCUCUUACUAUAUUCAACCUCAUCCACCAGAAUGCUGGCUGUUGCACUGAUCAGAGCUGUCAAUCAAUGAAAAAAAAACAACAACAUUCAUUUCAGUUUUGCUGUCUCGGUUUAAGCUUAUAGCUUAUACUCCAAAAGAUGAAUGCAAUCUGUGACGGACGCUUUCAUUCUAUUGACUUUUUAAUGUAUCUGAAUAUAAGCUGAGGGUGUAAUUGAUUUUGGAAUCAAAUCUAUAGAAGUUUGUGAUCACCAUAAAGGUUAUUCACACUGACUGUGAUUUGCAAAGCAACCAGUUGCCCCAUUUAUUUUUACUGAGAGCUGGCGUUUGAGGUGCCACAAAUGACAAAGACCUCAACCCUUAUGCAAAUGGCCAGUGACACAAUGUGUUGGCUACCAGUGGGAGUCCGCACACAUAUAAGAUCAGACAUAUGGUGAUCAGCAUGUGGUCAAUCUCCAGCGAUGUAAUCGCUACCAUUGUGAACGUGUCUUCCUCUAUAGACAUCCUCUAGAGACAGAUCUGUGUGUGUGUGUGCUUGCUUAUAGAUGAUUGACAGAUUGUUGGUUAAAUGUGUGUUAUGAUGGUUUCUGAUUUAUUUCCUCAGAAACUGAAGGUUGUUAAAAGCUUAAACAUUCAGAAUCUCCAUUUGGGGCAUAUGU